UCAAAUAUUUUGACUAUAUAAUAAACAAACAUGUAGUGCUAAACGCUCCAGUCUUUGCUUCUACUUUCAACAAUCAGCUAAAGACACUGUACUCUUUGAACAAAACUCUGAAUUCAUCACAAAAAAAAAAAAAAACAUCCUCUGAAUUUUCUAAGGUUCUGUUAGUUAUAUAGGUUUUGUUGAUUCAUCAUCAGAAUAGCAGAUCGUUCUCUAGUUCUUCAGAGUUGACAAUGUCACACAAUGCUGAAAGAAAUCUAAGAUAGCUUUUGUCUGAAAGAGUUUCUUGAAAUCACUCUACUUCUUCUUAGUCAUUUUGAAAAUUCCCGAUGCAAACAUCCCAGAGACCCCAAAUGUCUGGCGGUGUCCAUGGAAUGCACAAUCAGCCAAUGCAGCAAGUUGAGCAAUAUUACACCCCUUACCCCAUUUUCGAGAACAGUUGCAAUGAUAAUCGCAGCUCAGGGACACAGUUUUCUUUUCAGGCGCAGAACGAACAAUUCUUCACUUUGGACUCGUCCCUGGCUACUGACUAUGUUGUCUACGAUUCACCUCCUGCCUUAAGCGUCUCUUCCAACAGGAGUCCCUUCUCUUCGCAAUGUUCACAGUCAUACAUGUCUGAUAACACGUGUGGUUCGCCUUUCAGUGGGUGUUCAGUAGUUGAAGAUGGCGACCUGAGACACGUGCUGCGGGAGCUGGAGAAUAAGUUAAUGGGGCCCAAAUCCGAUACUGACGACAGCUGCAGUUGCUCCUUCAACGAUGUGGUCUCGAAACCGUCUUCCUUGACAAGGUGGAACCGAGUGUUGGACAUGGCCCCCACCUUGAACUUAAAAGAGUUACUCGAUGCCUGUGCUGAAGCAGUGUCAGAUGCUGAUAUGUCAACUGCUGAAGUUCUUAUGAACGUUUUAGAGCAACGGGUGUCGGUCUCUGGAGAACCUAUGGAACGGUUGGGUGCGUACGUGUUGGAAGGGCUAAGAGCACGACUACUUUCGUCAGGAAGCAUCAUAUACAAAAAAUUGAAAUGCAAAGAACCAACUAGCUCGGAAUUAUUGUCUUACAUGCAAGUCAUCUAUAACAUGUGCCCAUAUUACAAAUUCGCUUAUGUGUCCGCAAAUGUCGUCAUAAGGGAAGCCAUGACGAACGAGAACAGAAUCCACAUCAUUGAUUUUCAGAUUGCACAGGGAAGUCAGUGGAUGUUCCUCCUCCAUGAUCUUGCUCGUCGGCCUGGUGGGCCCCCAUGUGUUCGAAUCACAGGUGUUGAUGAUUCCCAAUCAGCUCAUGCACGAGGCGGAGGACUUCAGCUAGUAGGCGAAAGGUUAGCGGAAGUUGCCGAGUCAUAUGGAGUGCCUUUCGAAUUCCAUGGUGCUGCACUAUCAGGCUGUGAGGUCCAACUAGAGAAUCUUCGGGUUAGACACGGAGAAGCACUCGCAGUAAAUUUCCCUUUCAUACUGCACCAUAUUCCGGACGAGAGUGUAAGCACCAUCAACCAUCGAGACCGCUUAUUAAGACUAGUUAAGAGUCUGUCUCCCAAAAUUGUGACCUUAGUUGAACAAGAAUCGAACACCAACACCGCCCCUUUCCUUCCAAGGUUCCGUGAAACUCUUGAUUACUAUACAGCAAUGUUCGAGUCAAUUGAUGCAGCUCGUCCUAGGGAUGAUAAGCAGAGGAUCAGUGCAGAGGAACAUUGUGUGGCACGGGACGUCGUCAACAUAAUAGCAUGUGAGGGCGCUGACAGAGUGGAAAGACACGAACUUUUCGGUAAGUGGAGGUUGAGACUUAUGAUGGCUGGAUUUACUCCAUGCCCGUUGAGUCCAUCGGUUGGUGAGACCAUCAAGGACAUGUUGAAGGAGUACAGCCCAAAUUAUCGGUUUGUAGAAGGCGAAGGGGCACUAUAUCUUGGAUGGAAAAAUAGAGCUUUAGCAACUUCUUCUGCCUGGAGAUGACUACUGUUGUCAAAAAUCUGUAAAUUUUGCCAUAUGAUCUAUGCGUUUAUCUUUCGUUGAACUAGAAGAGUGUAUUUUUAACCAAUUUUCGUUUCAUAUACGGAGCUCGGAGUAUGAAAUAUUAGGUUUGUAAUGCCAGCAGAGGGAGUAAUAUGGUGAGUUUGAAAUAAGACUACAUGCCUCCACAUCUGGUUAUUGUUACUUUUCUCCCAGUUUAUAGGUUUUUCUCAACUAGAUCUUGAGUACUCUGCUAAUGUACAUGAAAUCCAGUUUCAGCCUUCUAAUUGAGUACAAGGUUUCUUGUU